GGGUUGGGAACUUUGUAUCUGGCGCCAGGCAGGACAAAGCGCGAUGUUGGUGUCGCGGGAGAAGCAAUUCACUGUCGCUUUCUUCGCGACCGUUUCCCAACAUGCACUGCCGCACUGCGAGGAAAGAUCCUCUACCCUCUGUGAUAGAAGCUGAGGAUUGCCCUCUAACUAGAAAGCUCAAGCAUCCUGAUGGCCCCUGCAAACUGUGGCGGCCAUGCUCUCCUCCCGAGACGGUCGUUUUGCGCUGUUCAUCACGCGGAAAGGGGGCCUCCCAUUGGGCCGGAGAGCUCGCCUCGUGGCAGCGGGAACACAGUCUUCUGGAGCAACCAACCCCAAGCGAACCCCCUCCCAAGCCUUCCGUCAUCCGUUCCUUUCCUCUCUCUCCCGUCCCUUUUUCAACGCUGGACCAGCACUGGCGCCGGUCGUGACACAUGGCGGUUCGUGCUGGAGCACAUGGAACGGUGCGGGCAAGUCUGGCAACAGAACGGUGCCGGGACUCUCCUCCGGCGGGACGGGCUGUGGAACGGAACGGAGUACGUACUGUAGGUACUGUGUAGGGACCACAACGCGCGCUUCAGCACCAGGGCGCGGAGAACCAGAUACUGGCUUGCUUCCUCAGGCUCCUCCGUCCUUCUGGGUCACGGUACCUACUUAUUAUUACUACCCUCCUGCAGUACGAGCAGGAGCUCUCGAUCUGUUCGGCAGCCCAUUUCAUAAUCCAGCACGCAUGAGCACAGCGGCCUCAUUCGGCCAUUAUGCGGCUUUCCUUCCGCUUUGGAGCACCUGCGCCGCCUCAGCGAAGCCUUGGGAAAGCUUCGAGGAGUGAAUUGCCUCCCAAGCUACCCUAGGGUAGGUAUCGCCCGACCUUCAACCAGAGCACGUCAGGCCGCUGUCCGCUGCAGUUCUGCGUGCCUGCAUGCCACCGUCAUGUGCUCCUCUGGUGUUCUCCGUACGGUAUGUGUAUGUACUGUGUACUCCUGUCAAACUGUUUGCACUUCGCUUCCUGGAUGGAGUCUCGGCAGCCCCCGCCCUGCAUUCAUGUGCAUUCUGCUCCGUCGAGGACGAAAGAUGCAAAUCUUCGACAGUUGACUCGCAACCGAUCUAUAGCUGGCCUUCUUAUCGACAAGGCUAGCUGCAACAUGGUGCAGUCUGGCACCUAGCCCCCCUGCUACACGCCCAUGCAGGUUCCCCACGAAUCGCCAGACAUGGGAACUCACGGCCGCGUUUCAUCU